AUGGCAAGUCCAUCUCAAAACGACGUUUCAGCUGCGUCUGAACCCCAGCCGGUUCAGUUGCGAGCCGGUGCGGUGCGUUCUCGAGCGAAACAUCGUGCUUCUCUGGCCUGCGUUCAGUGCCGCCAAAAGCACACUCGGUGCGAUGGAGUCCUUCCAGCUUGCUUCCGAUGUAAGAACGACGCGAGGAAGUGCGUCUAUGCCGAAUCACGCCGAGGAAUCCGAGAUCCAAACAAGCGGAUGAGGAUGAAGGAGAAGGCCAUGAAGGCCGACCGAGAUGAAGCAUCCGACAGCACGCCAUCACCCAACUUUCCGGGCUUCGAUAUCCCCUCCCAUGUCAUCCAGAGACUCCCUGCUGGCUGGACACACCGAGAGGCACAGAAUCCUCGUGCCGUUAAGGGUCUGUUCGACCUUUACUACACCAAUUUCCACCCCACCCACUCCUGGUUGCCCCCGAAGAAGACUCUCAGUCGCCUCAUUGAGACAAUUCCAGAUGACUUCAAGUUCACCAUGACUAUGAUUCUCUACGUGGGAUCCAAGUAUGCCGACAACGUGGACAGCACAUCACUACGCAAUGACGCCUACGAGAUGGCUUCAGGGGAGUUGCCCGAGACAGUCUGGUCUGUCCAAGCGCUACUAUGCAUGUGCAUUGCUGCCUUUGGAGAGAAACAUGACGACUACUGCAGUCUGUGGUUUGACCGGACCCGUGACCUGGCUCUUAGGCUAGGGCUCCAACACAAGAGCUUCGCCGAUGCGGAGGAGGACCCUAUUCUGGCCGAAUCGUAUCGAAGAACAUACUGGGCGUUGUAUACACAGGGAUCACUGAGGACAGUCCGGGAACAUCUUGGUCAUUGGCAACUCUACCAUACGGAGGCAACAACAGAACUUCCAUGCGAAGAGUGGGAAUAUGAAUCGGGUGAAAUUCCAAUUCCAGUAACUCUGGAGGACUACGACAAGGCGGGACCCUCGAGACAAUACUCUUCAUGGGCAUAUUUUGUGGACCUGAUUCGCAUCUGUGGCUCAUGUGUUGUGCCUCUCCUCAAUGUUGGGGAGGUGGCAUUUUCAGAGGCCAUGGACAAUGCAAACCUUCGAGUCGAGUCGUGGAUAUUGCAGAUGCCUCAGUGGAAGAAAGAUAUUGUCGACACAGAUGGUACGGUUGACAUGAUAUUGUACCACGCGCUAGGGGUUGCUUAUGGUCUUCAGAUUCGGAUGCAACUCCACUACAAGGGCGUGAAGCCUCAGGACGGCGCUCGAGAGGUUGCCAACAAGGGUUUCUCUGUGCUCAGCAGUUCGCCUUCCCCUCCUGCAAGCGUGGCCAUGGGGUCCAACGCUCGGCUGCCUGGAUCAGCAGCUGUUCAGGCAUCACUACACCUCGUGUCAUUGUUCAACCUCCAUCUCCCACCAGAGAAACUUUCUCCAUCUUGCAUCUUGGGCCUUGAGCGGGCUGCUCUACCACUUUUCGAUGCCUUGCUCUAUGGACAGGGGCGGCCGGUUUACAAGGUCAAGAUCUCGCUUUUGGUGAGUGUGCUAAGAAAUGCGGGAAAAUUCUGGCCCAGGUCGAAAGCAGUCUCAGAAGAGAUUGAAGAAGCAAUGAGGGAGGCAGCAGAUAUUAUCGAGGCUGCUGAGCCCGAUAUGCUCGACUCGCCUAGUAUGGACGAGGAAGAUCCACCCAGCGAGUUUGCGCCUCCAGUAUUUGCGACGAUGGAUCAGAUGGAUGCUUGGGCACAGGUACAACCACAAGCUACGAAUGUGGAAGCAACAACUGAGGAGCCAACACUGGAGGUGCAUGGUGUUCCACCCUCGGGCCCUGGGGAGAUGACGCUUAGCAUGGAAACUGCUCCGCUUCCAAUGAUGGAGAAUAUGACACUAGGUACAGAGGUUACAUCAUUCCCGGAAACUGAUGAGGCAACACUGGGUACAGAGGCCACUCCAUUCCCAAAGGCUGAGGAGGUUACGAUGGGCAUGGAUGCUAUUCCGGCGGCACCUUUCCCUCCGGCGGAACCGGGGCCCUCGGAUAUGGAAACUCAUCCAGGGAUGCCGAUGUCAUAUGUGAAGACUGAGGACCAGUGGUUUUAG